CAAAUAUGAAAGUAAUCAAAAAGUGCAAAGUCGUUUAGCAACUUGUUCAUGUUAUUAAAUUGACGACGUGCUGUUGAACCAAUCUGAGCAGGAUGAGUCUGGUCGACUACAGCCAGACUGCGGAGGAUCACCAGACUCUGCUGGUUCUUGUUCGUCACACCGGUUCCAGCCUUGCACCGCAGAGCUUCAACAACGCCUGGGACCACAUCCGCCGUGUCAGCUCCGUGCACGUCCCGGGACAGAAGCGUGAUGUCUACGUACGUUACAAACGCGGCUACCCGAUCGAGAAUAAUGAGUGGGGCGACUUCCAGGCCCACCGCAAAGUCCUCGGGUUGAUAUCCAUCGGCAAGUGCUCGUCACACGAGGAGUUCGAGAAGCUGUUUGAGUCGUACAAGGGCGUGAAGAAGGAGUACUCCAGUACGAUAUACAAUUCGAGGCUCCUCGUGUUUGGCAUGAACAAAGACGGAUCGCCCUUGGAGGAGGAGCCGGCACAGGAAAAACUAGACAACGGAGAAGAAGUUAAAGAUGGAGGCGAAAAACACGGUGAUAAUCGUAACGAUUCGAAGAUUGUGGGGUCUGGACUGACGGAUCAGAUGAAUGAAAACAUGAAGAGCGUGGCGGACAAAUCCAAACAAGGUAAAGCAGCGGCUUCCACGACUGCCGAGGUUGUCAAAUCGGGUCAGCAGCAUCCCACGGCAACGAAGCGUAGCCAUAGUAACAGUCUUACAAAGGAGAGUACGGGUGCGGAGGUCGUGUUCUACCCAGAUUUAGAACAUGCGGAGGAUCUCGAGGAACGGCUGAAAGAAUUUGUGACGUCGCUGUUUUUCGUUCUCGAGGGAAAACGGCUCGACAGGUCCUUUGAGAGAACUGAACGCCUGCAGUUGUUGUGUGCCCCGCAUGAAAAGAAAGUCUAUGUAGGCAUAGAUACAGAUUCAAAAUCUGUUAAGAAGAAAUGUAUGGGGCGGUUACGGAAACAUCUUGGAGACUUGUGUUUACAGGCUGGAAUGCCAGGGGAAGCUAUUCUGCACUACCAAACAGGCCUCGAUGUGUUGCGCAAUUUGAAUGACUUUCUGUGGAUGGCAGGAUGCUAUGAGGGUUUGAGUGCGGCCUCGGUGAUACUCAAAUAUCCCCGGUCUCAAGCAGCGACACUGAAAAGAAACCUGUCCUUCAAUGUGGUGAAAGGUUCGGCAAUCAACAUACACACGAAAUCCAGCACGUAUGUGAAUGGUCUUGAUGUUCCGGACAGAACAGGCACCGGUGUCCUGCAUCCAGACGACAUUAUUGACAAAUACGAGGAAGCAAUAAAACAUUAUAGCAAGUUCAAGAAUGCCGCCAUGAUAGAAAUGGAAGCAAGUUUCAAGGCAUGUCGAGUGCUCAUAAUGCAGAGAAAAUAUUUGCAAGCUUCUGAUUUUCUGCAGAAUGUUGUUUAUAUAAACCUGACUUCUUCGGAAGAGGAUAAGAUAAAUCGCUACAGCACGCUAGCCUCUCUGUAUUCUCAGAUUGGCUUUCAGCGGAAAGCGUCAUUUUUCAAGAGGGUUGCCGCCAUGCAGUGUGUCACCCACGGAACCUCCACUGGAUGGCACCAGUGUUACUAUCUGCUACUGCAGGCGUUAGGUGGAUACAACCUGUCUUUUGAUAUAAAAGAGUUUAUUAAAGAUCAUGCAAAUGGCUGGCCUGUUUUGCAGUUUAGAGUCUUGCAUGAGUUAGUGUACUCUGCGCGUCGCAUGGGCAACCCACAGUUAGCCGUCAGACACAUGACGUUUCUCCUGCACACUAUGUACCAGCACCUGACGGAAGAGGAGCGUCGUGAAACCAUCACAACACUGGAGGGUCUCACAGCCAGGUGUGAGGGAACGUGUCACUCACUGGCACUGGAAAACGGAAUGAUCCUACCCCCGGUGGCACUCACACGUCUUCCUUCUGUAAAGUUUUUCAAGGUGGUGGCGCCGGCGCCUCACCUGCAGCCCGUCAAGAUUAACUGUGAUACGACCUCCAAGCAUGAAAUCUUCAUCUACACUCCGCUCUUUCUCGGCGAGGAGAAGAGCAGCGAUUCACCAGAACUCGAUUUCCAGUGGGUGGAGGGGGACACGUGCGAGGUCCAGAUCCAAGUUUUGAAUCCACUGAAAGACGAACUCAAGAUACAGUACAUUGGUCUGCUUACGGAUGGCGUGGAGAUGGAACAGUUCCCUGCUAACCCGACACUCCCCCCAGAAUCAGGGCCCAUCCAUGUCAAGCUACUAGGACAGCCAAAAGCAGCAGGACAACUUCGAAUUUUAGGCUAUUGCACGCAUGUUCUUGGUGUCCGUAGCAACUGUAAACUGAAGGAUCUCCGUCAGCUGGGCCACACCCACUUUGAGGUGGAUGUCGUCCCGAGUCUGCCCCAGGUAACCCUCGAGUCGUCCCUGCCCAAGUCGGUCAGUUUCACGUCUGUGGGGAACAGUGCCAACGUCGUGUCCAGUGCGUCGGCAUUGCUGUAUGCAGGUCAAAGCUUGGAGUGUAUGACGACUCUACACAAUAUUAGUGAUAUCACAGUGGAGAAACUUGAUGUGGCUCUUACCCAGAAAAUUGAUAAUGAUUUCUGUUCACGGAUGUUCACGUGGUGCAAGGAUAACAUCAAGUCACAACUUCCGCUACAGCCAGCCAAUCAGCUGUGUUUUUCUCUCUGUAUCUAUGGUUUCAGUGACUUCCUGUCACCUGACCUUCUCUCUCCAGAUUUCUCCAGCCCCUGUCGCUCAACAAAGUCUACACGGUCCAGGUCCGAUAGUCUCGAUAGCAAGGUGAUAGAAGCACUGUUGACAGUCAAGUAUAGCGGAGGGAAGGGGCUCCAGGCUGGAUACUGCCGACACUGUUCUUUAGCCCUAAUGGUGGACGUGCUGCCGUCACUCUACAUCACGCGGUGGGACGUAUUGCCAGCCAAAAGUGUUGACCACUGCUACCUGGUGUUUGACCUGGUGAACGUAUCUAGUCACGAGAUGAUCAUCAACUACGACACGGACAAGAAAAUCAUCAUCGAACCCCAGCAGUCGCGAAGACUACCUGUGGAGAUCAGGCGCCAGGAGUUACCCGUGGAGGAAAAGCCGGAAGUUUAUCAGUUUGUGUCGUACCGCUUUCUGUGUGAACCAACCAACAAGUGUAGUCAACUCCUCGCAUCCCUUGUUGACAUCCGCUGGUCUAUCCCGUCGACAAAGGUUUGUGGUAAAGUGGGCAUCGAGUACCUCAAGUGGACAAAGGAACAUCUGAAACAAAUACAAGUGGCAACUGUUAACUGGGAGGUACGACUAAAUGGUCAACUGUACCUACCUCCUGAUAUCCCAGCAUUCCAAAUUGGUGAUCUAGUCAACCUGGAUGUGAUGUUUAGAAGAUCGAGAGAUGUUCUUGACUGGACGUCCAGUAAACUCUCUGUGAUGAUUACCCAGGAUGCACCUGCAACUUCCAGUGUCUGUGAUAUUUCCGAUAGCGUGUCGUGUCUCGGUCUACUUACGUCAUAUUAUCGUCAGAUUCCCGAGGAUGGCUUUCACCACACCUGUGCCUUCAUUUUCCACGUGAGUGGGUUGUUUACGAUAGACUGUCGCUUCUCGCUGCUCGACGCAGACCACGUGGUGCACACGACGUUCAGAUGUUUACCAGUCGCCCAGGUCCUCGUCUCAAACUAGACGAAAACUCGCAAUAAACCACUUCUCUGUGUCUCAUAGUAUUUCAGCAUGCUGUACCACUUGCCAAACCGUAUUUUAAUACUGUACCAAUUGUAGUUGAAAACACACCACUUACUAAAUACUAUUUAAUACUGUACCAGUUAUACAUUUUGUAGUGGGAAACACACGUUGUACUGUAUUUAACAGUAUUUUUAUACUGUACCAAUUGUAGUUGAAAACACACCACUUACUAAAUACUAUUUAAUACUGUACCAGUUAUACAUUUUGUAGUGGGAAACACAUGUUGUACUGUAUUUAACAGUAUUUUUAUACUGUUCCAGUUGUGAAAAACACACCACUUACUAAAUACUAUUUAAUACUGUACCAGUUAUAGUGGGAAACACACGUCGUACUGUAUUUAACAGUAUUUUUAUACUGUUCCAGUUGUGAAAAACACACCACUUACUAAAUACUAUUUAAUAUUGUACCAGUUAUAGUGGGAAACACACGUCGUACUGUAGUAAAUAGUACUGUUGAAAACACCCCCCAUACUGUAUUUAAUAGUAUUUUAAUAGUUGAAAACACACCACUUACUGCAUUUAAUACUGUAUUUGUUGUAAUUAAAAGUACUGUAUAGUUUACAAUGCAAAACACACCACUUACUGUAUUUAAUACUAUUUUAAUACUGUACUAUUUAUACAGGUAGAUAAAAACACACCACUUACUGUAUUACUGUACUGGUUGUUGUUGAAACACACCACUUACUGUAUUUAAUACUGUACCACUUGUAGUUGAAACACACCGCUUACUGUAUUACUGUACUAUUUGUAGUUGAAACACCCUACUUACUGUCUUCAGUACUCUUUUAAUACAGUACUAAUUGUAGUUGAAAACGCACUACUUACUAUUUUUAAUACUAUACUAGUUGUUGUUGAAAACACACCACAUACUGUAUUUAAUACUAUCCUAGUUGUAGUGGGGAAAUAUACCUCUUACUGUAUUUAAUACUAUACUAGUUGUAGAUGAAAACAAACCACUUACUGCAUUUAAUAUUGUAACAAUUGUACUUGAAAACACACUCUUAUUGUCUUUAAUAUUAAAUUUUAAUACUGUACCAGUUGUACAUGUAGUUUAAAACACACCACUUACUGUAUUUAAUACUGUAAUAGUUGUAGUUGAAACACACCACUUACUUUUUUUAAUACUAUAACAUUUAUAGUUGAAAACAACUACUAACUGUAUUUAAUACUGUAAUAGUUGUAGUUGAAGCACACCACUUACUGUCUUUAAUACUAUACCAGUUAUAGUUGAAAACACACAACUUACUGUAUUUAAUACUAUUUUAAUAUGGUAACAGGUUUUGUUGAAAAUACACUUCUUACUGUAAUACUAUACUAGUUGUAGUUGAAACACACCACUUACUGUUUUUAAUACUGUACCUGUUGUAGCAUAAAUACAUCAUUUACUGUAUUUAAUACUAUUAUAGCUCUAGCCGAAAACACAUUAAUUUAUUAUUGUACUGGUUGUAAAAAGAAAAACACUCCUUAUUGUGUUUAAUACUAUGUUGGUUGUACAUGAAGUUGAAAACAUGCCAUUUACUGUAUUUAAUACUGUGUAGUUAGAAACACAUUGUUACAUGUAAGUACUGUGUUUAAAAUACUCUAGUGGUUGUAGUUGAAAGCAUACUGCUCAAUGUAUGUAGUGGUUGUAGUUAAAAGCAUACUGCUUAAUGUAUUUAAUACUAUGUGGUGAAAACCCCCCAUCUCAUACUGUGUUUAAUACUGUAGUGGUUGUAGUUAAAAGCAUACUGCUUAAUAUAUUUAAUACUAUGUGGUGAAAACCCCCCAUCUCAUACUGUGUUUAAUACUUUAGUGGUUGUAGUUAAAAGCAUACUGCUUAAUGUAUUUAAUAUUAUGUGGUGAAAACCUCCCAUCUCAUACUGUGUUUAAUACUUUAGUGGUUGUAGUUAAAAGCAUACUGCUUAAUGUAUUUAAUAUUAUGUGGUGAAAACCUCCCAUCUCAUACUGUGUUUAAUACUGUAGUGGUUGUAGUUAAAAGCAUACUGCUUAAUAUAUUUAAUACUAUGUGGUGAAAAAAAUAUCUCAUACUGUGUUUAAUACUGUAGUGGUUGUAGUUGAAAGCAUACUGCUUAAUGUAUUUAAUAUUUUAUGGUUGGAAAAAACCCAUCACAUACUGUACAGUGUCAUAUAUUUAAUACAUUACCGGUUGUAGUUGAAAACACAACACUUACUAUACAGUGUCAUAUAUACUUAAUACAUUAACGGUUGUAGUUGACAACUCAACACUUUUAGCAUAUAAUACAGAAAUACAGUAAAGUACUUUAUUUUGUGCAAUAUUGGCUGAAAACAUAUUGAAGAGAUGCAGAUCCGGGGGGAAGAGAGGGGGGGGGGGGGAGGGUGGCAGGGAACCCAUCCCCAUAAAAAAUAUUCAAAAGUGCCCCCUUUUAUUUUUCAUCUUUUUUUUUUUUUUUUUUAAACCUUUUAUUUGGAUGCUCUUUUGAUGUGUUGGCUCAUGUGUCGUUUUCCCAGUUUUUGUCCCCCCCCCCCCCCCCCCACACACACACACACACUCAAAAUCCCACAUAAUAUUUCGCUGGAUCUGCCCCUGUUUAGAAGGCUGAGAAUCCCUGUAAUACUGUAACAGCUAACAGUCUUUGCAAAGAGCAAAAUCGAGUUGAGCUGAGAUCAAAUUAAAAACAUUUUAAAAAUUAUAUUGUAAACCAAUCAAUUUGCUGCUCUCCUAAAGCCUAGAUCACAUUAUACGACGCGACACGAUGUGACUCAACUGUCGAUUUGAGUCGAGUUGUGUAGUCUGAAUUGAAAAAUCAGUUGAAUGGCGUCAUGUAGUGUGAAUUGAAAAAUCUGUUGAUUUGCAUCGUGUAGUGUGAAUUGAAAGACCAGUUGUCUGCGACUGAUUUUUAGUCAGGCUGGCAUCAUUUGACACGACCGAACAUAUUCAGUCACAUAUGAUGGUCGUUAUGUAGUGGGUACGGGUCGUGACUCAUGACACGGCGCGAUUAUCUGGUUAAGUCGAUCCAGUUGAUUCACACCGUCUAAUGUGAUUUAGGCUUAAAACUUCUGCAGGUGACUGUGAAGGGGUGCGGGAGUGAUCAUUAGCCUUUCCUGGCAAAGAUUGGUUAAUAUAUAUGUUAAUAUGUUAAUAUAUGUAUUUGGUCAGUAGUGAAAAACCACAUGACUUCCUUUCGUCCAUUUGUCCAUGGUGUUUGUGUAGCUGCAAUGCAAAUGAAGUGACGGGCAAAUUUAGCAACCUGGAGCCACGUUCAUAAAACAUUUUAUCACCCAAUAAAGUCUUUUGUGGGAGAUAUCGCUGGCACUACAAUUUGCGAUAUCUCCUGCGAUAUUCUCCUAGGAGAUAUCACUUAUUUUUGUUACAUCACUGUGUAUGUUUCCAAGCUAAACCUAUCAUUAGUGACGUCACACCACUCGUUCUGUUAAGGAGUCUACUGCUGCUAAAUAUAGUGACAUUCAACCCACAUUACUGACAUUGUUUACAAUUGUCGCAAAUGGAAAGAAUGAUAAUGGAUGAUAAAAAGAAUGCCCCCUCGUGUCUUGUGAUAUCAUAAUUUAUCGGCACUUGUUGAUAAAAGUAUAAAAAUCCUCGGCAACCCUCGGAUUUCAUAUUUUGAUCAACUCGUGCUGAUAAAUUAUGACAGUCUGUAUGUUGUUUUAUUUAUCCUGCAACCACUGUUUCUAUUGACAGAUUUUGAUGACCAAUUAAAGCAAAGUCAUAAACGUAUACUAGC